CUCCUUGGGGCUUCUGGCUGCUGCUAUGCCCUCGCUGAUCCCUUGGGACGACGCGCCGCCCGCUGCCUCGGCGGAGGGCCACCCGGUCCUCGUCGCGGGCGCCGCUGCGCAGGAGGCGAAGGAGAUAUCGUGGGGCGGUGCCGUCGGGCUCGCCUCGCUCAUCGGUCAGACCCUCCACGCCGGCUCCGAGCUUCAGGAUGCGGCGACGCCGUCCUACUCGACGGCGCUUGGCGUCGAAGGAACGGCCGCCACCCUCCUCGACGACGGCGUGUCGGGCAUGCUGCUGCACCGCGUCGAGGCGGCCGCGACGAGCAUCGUCUCGCUCGGCGCGUGCGCGUCCCUCUCGCUCGUGCCUGCAAACGAGCGGUCAAAGCUCGGUGCCGACGCCGUCACCAUGCUAGCCGUCUCGCUGGCGGAGGCGCCGGGCUUCCGCGAGCUCAAUCUCGCCGGCAACUCCAUCGGCGACGCCGGCGCCGCCUCCGUCGCCGCCCUCCUCGCCAAGCCCUCGUCGAUCGAGCGCGUCUCGCUCGCGAGCAAUGCUAUCGGAGACCGGGGCGCGAAUGCGGUCGCCGACGCGGCGAUGAAGGGCGGCGCGCCGCUCGCGCCACGCACGGCGGCACUACACCGGCUCAGACGGCGCCCUGGUUGGGGCCAGCCGCUGCGGCCUGCCGGCGAUGACCAGCACGGCUCCGGAAUUGCUCUCGUGUACCGCCUUUAG